AUGGAGUGUUCAAGAGUUUAUCAAAGAUCAGUGUAUCGAGAUAACCCAGAUGUUUCAGAUGUUGACGACUCUACUCACGGACUACAUUAUUUCCGCGUAGCAAUGUAUAUCCCAUUUUUGGAUACAAUUCCUGAGCAAAUGCAAUUUCAAUUUAAUGAAAAAACGGUGUUUGCUGUGUUGUUUGAUCCAGUACUUCCAGCUUACUGUGCAAAGAAUGGUGCAGUGGAAGAAGAGUUCAUGCAGCUUUAUAAAAACUAUUCUCAAUCUCUUCAUGCUAACAAUGUUAUGCCUCAUGAUACUAGUGGCAUGAAUGCCUUAGCGCAGUAA